UGAAACAAAUUAAUAUUUUUUGUCAAUCUUUUAUUUUUUAUAAUAUUUGGAUAAACUAUUAACUAGUGCCUAUUUAUCUAUUAAUUUAGUAGUUCUACUGCAAACGAUACUGGUAUAUUUAAUAUUUAUUAAUUAUUUACCUCAUGUCUCCCCGCACAAAAGUUAUUUUCUAUUCUUUUUCAUGGAAGUUGAUAUUCGUCGACAUUCUGGGUCGAAUUAAACAGUGGUCCGGUAUCGUGCAGAACAAACUCGAAGGCUGUAAAAAUGAAAUCGAUAAUCUUCGCAAGGAAUUAUUAGCUCGUGCAUGCGAAAUGGAUGUUAAAAUGCGUGAAAUAGAAGAUCUUAAAGCUCAGAUUACAGACUAUCAAAACGCUUCACUAUUAGAUGGCGAAUUGAAGAAGAAUCAUAAAGCAGUUAAACCAGAUCAUAAAGAAGAAAUCGGCUACAAAAAAGAUGACUCCAUCGCAGAAAAUCGCAAAGAAAUUUACAAAGCUAAGGAUCAAAUAAAAGAAGGAGACGAUGAAGAGAAUGCAAAAGAAGCACGAAUUAAUGAUCAAAGAAUUGAAGGAGAUGCCAAAAUACUUGACAAAAUUAAGGAUACAGUACGAUUUGUUGAUCAAAUAAAUGAUAAAGGAGAAAAAGUGAACGAAAAAAAGCGCGAGCUUAUGGAGCGAAUUAUCGAUGAAGAGGGUGAAGAAUUUGCCAGAAAAAGAGGAAUCAAAGAUAAUGACCAGAAAGAAUCUACUUAUGUAACCAUGGCGCCUCUAACAGUACAAGAAAAAACGAAACGAGAAUCUGAGCUCGAAUCUGAAGUCUCACAGCUCCGAAAGGAAUACAACAGAGUCAUCAAGGAGCGUGCCGAAUAUGAGAAUGCGAUUCAGCGAGCAUUGUUGCGAGGGGUGUCAUCCUUGAACGUCGAGGCACUGAGAGUUCUGCGAUGUCCACCGAUACCCUGUUGCACUCCUUGCGCACCAUGUCCAGCAACUGCAGGAAUUAUACCACCCGAACCUGUCGUGCCGUGUUCUGUCAAGAAUGUGAGAAGACGUCCAGAAUCAGCUGCUGCAACUAUGAGCAAUGCCAAGGCUCGUGAAAGGAACGGCGAUCAAGCUGAUUGCACAACGAAACGACCUUGCGCCAGUCCUUGCUGCAUCGCUGGCAGAAAUCGGAAGUCCGUGGACAGUAGCAUGAUUUUUCUUCUUCGUCAAGGUAACACGGGAAAUCUGCAUGACGAGGAGGCUGCAACUCCAGUAUGCGGAUCAACGAUCGUGAGGAAGAUCGAGUUACCAUCAUUGCGCAGAUUCGAGACGUAAUAAUAGUGUUUGUUUGUCGCUUAUUGUUAACAUAAACAUCUCAUCGAUGAAAAGUAUAACAAAAAUGUAAAGUUAUAGUAUCAGAGAAAAGUUCAUAUACAUAGGAUGUAGCAUAUCGAAAAUUUGUUUAAAUUUUAUAUAUGUGUUUGUAUAUCCUUUUUUUUACUGAUAUAAAGUCCUCGAGAAAUCUUCAAAAAAAGUACUCAUGAUAAAAUAAAAAAACAU